GUUCGAUCGUCAUCCUCUCGUCCCUGGGAAAACGUAGGAACCCUAAUCUUCUUCUCAAGACUUACUUCACCCUAAAGUAGAAUCGAAGACGAUGUCAGGAAGGGAAGUGAAAGAAUACACAAAUCUCUCCGAUCCUAAAGAUAAGAAAUCAGGGAAGGGAGGUAAGAUAGAUGAUGAAGACGUCACCUUCCAACGUAUGGUUGCAAAGAUGCAAGAUGUUGCUGGUGAGCGUGGAGGCUAUCUUCAUGGACGAGGCGCUUUGGACAGCGACGAUUUACUUUAUCUUAAAGAGCAGAUGGAAGCAGAGGAGGAUGCUGAGCGUCUUCUCAAACGUACUGAGAAACGUGCUUUUGCUGCCUUUAAAAAAGCUGCAACCCAGGCUGAUUCAUCUCCAGCACCUGUUCCUUUGCCACUUCGUGUUGAGCCCAAACCAAAGAGUGGUAUCAGGCAGCAAGAUUUGCUGAGAAAGGUUGUUGAGGUUAAACCAAAGCGCCCAAAACUCUCUACGGCCCCAAGUGCAAGCUUAUCACCUCCUAAAAGAAGCGCUCCAACAGAAGCAAAGGUUCAAAGAGAUAAGCAGAACGAAGAAGCUGAUACUGUGUUGAAGAAACUGGACAACCCAGAGGAGCAACCUGGAGGUAAAGCAGCAGAAAGCAAUGGGAAAGGUCAAGAUCAAAAUCAAAAUGCUUUGAAAAACUUGUUGGGAUUAUCAUACGAGUCUUCAGAUGAAGAAGACUGAGAAGAGUGGUGAAGACCUUGAAUAGGUUUCUUUUCUUCUUGUAGUCUUGUCGCGUGUUUUGUUUUGUCGUCUCCAAUAUUUGUGUCGAAAGCUUACAAGAGUUUAGCUUUAGGAUUCAAUAUAGCUUUUGUAAUCGAGCCCUGCACUUGUUGUAAUUGUUGAAACCUGACGGGUGUGUUGGAUUUUGAAACAGAAAAUCGAAUGAAGAUGGUUUCCUAAAC